UUUUCCCUACAUCCGGGUAAGUAUGAACUAACCAACAGGUUGGAUGUCAAAUAAAUAUUAUAGUGGGCUCAAAUAGGUUUUUAAUGGUGGACAUUCAAUCACUACUGUUUCAUGUGAUGUGGUACACCUGAUAUGUAGAUAAGCCACAAUUUUUGCAUCAACCCUGAAAUUAUAUGGAAAAAUGAAUGGACGGUGUGGAUAAAAGACAUACGUCACGGUUGGGCCACGAAGCACCGACUACUAGCCACCUGGUCCGAGCCAUACCUAAGACCGAGCCAAGCAUCUGGAGAGAGAGAGAGGAGGAAAGAGAGGGAGAGACGAGGAAAGAGACGCGGGAGAGAGGGAAGAUGGCGUGCGCGAAUACAGCAUGCCAGUCGAAUUCAUGCAGGGUAGACGAGGAAGAAGCAGAUGUGCGUGAGAAAGGAAGAAGAUCCUGCAUCAGCAACAACACCGCCAACGCUGCAGAUCAACCCAAUCUUCUUCUCUGCUCAAAGUGCAAGAAGGACUGCAAAUCCCUCCUACCCAUACUGCCUACCUACCACAGUGAAAGCAACCUUUGCCUCGACUGUUUUCGUUCAUAUAUCUUUGGAAAGUUCAAGCUCGCUGUCACCUCCCAUAGCAUGAUUUCCCCCACCGACUCCGUUCUCGUUGCCUUCUCCGGAGGUCCUUCAUCCAGGGUGGCACUACAAUUCAUACAUGAGAUGCAAUGCAAGUCACAGAGGAAUUUCGAUGCAAGUAGAGACAGAUCAUUACCAGUCUUUGGUGUUGGAGUUGCUUUUAUUGAUGAGAGUGCUAUUUCUGACACCCCCUCUCAUAAAGUUGACAAAGCAAUUAAAGAAAUUAAAUUGCUAGUGUCGAGUUUAGCUCCCCCGGCCAAAGAGUUACAUAUCACACCCAUUGAAAGCAUCUGUUCUCUGGAUUGCAGUGAAAGGAGAAGCAGAUUGAAUGAGUUAUUACAUACUGUUGAUGAUGUCACUGGGAAAGAAGACCUUUUGCAGCUUCUCCGUAUGCUUUGUUUACAGAAGAUUGCUUUUGAAAAUGGAUAUAGCAAACUGGUGUUAGGGACAUGCUCAUCAAGGAUUGCUUGCCAUGUUAUUUCAGCAACUGUGAAGGGUCAAGGUUACUCUUUACCUGCUGAUAUACAAUAUGUGGAUGCGAGAUGGGAAAUCCCAGUAGUUCUACCUCUUCGAGACUGUCUUUCACAGGAGCUCACCAUGCUCUGUAAUCUUGAUAGUUUGAAGACCCAGGAGCUGCUUGACGACCAUUGCUCUGGCAUUAACGGUUUAGUCUCAUCAUUCGUUAAGCUCUUGCAGGAAGAAAAUCCUUCCCGAGAGCGCACUAUAUUGCGAACAGCAGAAAAGCUGAGCCCAUUUUCUUUCAACAGGAUACCUGAAACUGACUCCCACGACAAUUUGUCCACCCGUCGAUGUCAGAAAUCGCAGAAUUUCAAACCUGAUGAAUCCAUUCCAGUGGAUGUUCUCUGCCCAAUCUGUGGCAGCCCCCUCAGUAAAUCAUUCUUGCAGAAUUUGGGAUGCAAGCUUGGGAAUUCCCAAACAAGAGGUGAGAUAUUUGCAGCCAAUUGCUGCUCAAGCUGCUGGUUUCAAAUCAUCCCAAAAGAUCCAUCAUCACUAGAUCAUUUCUAUUCUCUCCUACCCAAAGUUAUGACUGAAAGAGUUGAGGAUGAAACUGGAGCGGGUCCGAGUUGGCUAAGUGAGUCUUUCUUCAGGGAACAAAUAAAAGAUUGCUUACUGUCGGAAGAUGAGGAUGGAAGCUGAAGCUCGAUCUGCUAAUGGUAGCCAGGUUUUCAACCUGAAGCCUUGAAAUGUCAUACUAAUAAUUAUCAGUAAAUGCUAGCUCAUUUUUUUUUUAAUUUUAAAAUCUCUUUUCUUACCAUUCUGAUUUCUUGCAUAAUGGGAUGACUUAAUGUUAUCGAGAUCAUAGGAGAAGCUUAUGUUAGUGUUCCACACUAUUGUUCAUUGAUUAAAAUGCCUGGAUUGGAUCUUUUCACUACAGAAAAUGAGAUAUUAAGGGUACUUUUGGA